AUGACAACCACUUUCUGUUCUUUCUUAUAAGGCCAUUCUGUUGAUUUUAAGGUGACACACAGUUCUUGCAGACAUGGCCUCAAUGCGUCAACCGUAUCCAUUUCCCACAUAUGAAAAUGAUACUCAAUUUGCGGGAAUUAUGCAAACAGAGAAAGAUCCAUACUGUCUACCUACACAUCUGGCACAACAAAAAGAUCCCUGGAAUCGUCUGAACACCAAACAGACCUUGACGAGUUCUCGGCGAGAAUACUUUUAUUGCGAUCCAGUGGCUCCCAAUGACAGCCUUGAUUUUAUCCUCAAAUCACAAUACAAUCAGCAUGAAGAAUUAUUCAGAAACAAAAAUGAAACGUUGCAUCAAGCAGAGACUCUUGGUUUACCACAUGGGAGAAAAUUAAAAAACCGUGAAACAGUAACAGUAAUUAGCCCUCUCCACAUGAAUCACCCAAUCAUGAUCACAGAACAGAAGAAGAAAGACAGCAUGCACAGCAUUAGAAAUGCAAUUGGCGUGCAUAGUGAUGCCACAAAUGCUGGGUACUCCAGAAAGCAAGACGGUGGAUUCUUCAGCCAUUAGAUUUGUAGACUUCUGUCAUCCAACUACCUAUGUGAUAUUUUGAGACUUAAAACUUGACAGUAUUUUGAAAAUUAUUUUUGGUUUAUAUUUAUUAAUAAUUUCUAAAAGAUUUAUGAUUUAUACAUUAGUACUACUUUUUAUUUUUUUUACUUUUUAAAUUGGAAAAUAAAUAUUAUGCUAUAGUUUUCAUAUUAUUAUAUUUUGUUCCAUUAUACUGCAUGUGAUUUUAUGAAUGUUUUAACUUUAGUAUUAUUUUUAUAGCUAUUAUAACUGAUAAGUCAUAUACAUGUAGUUUAUACCCCUCUAUUAAUUUGCCCCCCUCCCCUCUUUUUAUAUAUGUGUACUUGGUUCUUUAGACAUUUUACUAAAGACCAGCUUUUGAUAACAGUAUUAAACAAAUGUGUGUGAUAGUUUUAUAUAUCGUACUAAUGGUUGUGCAUAUCACAUUAAUUAGCACCUGUGUUAUUAACGAGAUAUUUACCUGUAGGAGAUGUACCUGUAUUUAAUAGGGUAUUUGUUACUGCUUAUAUACAAUCUGUGAUCCGGUUGUAAUUAGCGAUUACUCACCUUUAGACAAUGAUAAUCAUUAGAUAGGCUGAAAAGCUACAGAUUUUUUUUAUUAAACUCUUCUUUUUUUCAAUUGCUUUAAAUUAUUGUUUUUGUAAAAAUUAGCUUUUAUGCUUGUAACACUUUUGUGUGCAGUUUAUGAGGGUCAGGGUCAUUCAAGAUGUUGAACACUCUAUGCAAGCAUUCAGAUGGGUGCCACUAGUAAUUUUUUACAGAGUAAUGCCAACCCCACAAAUUCACAUCAUUAACUUUUUACACUAAAUGAUUGAAAAGGUUACCAUACACUAAGUCAGGAAAUGUUGUGUAAUUUAGCUUAUGGUGUAACAAUAAAUGUUAUGGACAAUAGCAACUGACUCUGAAUGGUAAUGGUGUGUGAGUGUUGUGAUUUUUUUGACAGAAAAAUAAAAUGUCUUUACAUUUAUUAAAAUUAUGUGAUAUCUCAUUUGUUUAAAGGCAGAUUAAAUGUAAAGUGCCAAGUUUUUAUGUGUACUGUCUGGGUGUUAACAUAUUGGUUAUAAGAACUGAUUUGGUGUGAAGGAACCAUUAGGUAAAGCUGACCCUGACAAUAGUGUUUACUUACUUGGUUUUAUUAUAUUUGUGCAGCUAUACAACUGUUUAAUUUAUAGAAUGUAUAUAGACCUGUAUAACAUAUUUAUUUAUUUGCUGUUUGUACUGUGUUAAACUGAAAUUGCUUCAAGGUAAUUUAUAUCAAAUUGAAAAUACCAGAAUUUUUUUUUUUUUUAUUUAGCUUUAUGUUAAUUCUCUAGCAAGGUUUACCUACUGUACACUACUGGUUUUGAGAAUAUCUGAGAUCCCUAUUGUUUUGAAGAUUAUUUUAAGAUUAUGUAUUUGUAUGAUACUUAUGGUUGAAAAUUAUAUUUUUUAAGAAUAUUCAGUUCUAAGGUCUAUAGAAACUCAAGACAAUUUGUGUUAUGAUGUGAUCAUUUGGCAUACAACUGGAGUUAGAUAAUUCACUGGGUUUUUGUAUAUAGAUUCCAUUGCAAAGUUUAAAGACUUGUUCAAACAAAAGUAAUUAAUUUGAUAAUAAUUAAUAAUUAGUGAACAUGGUCGGGAGUCAUGCCGUAUUUCAAGUCUGGUGGGCAAGUGGCCUCGGUAACAGUGGUUAAAUCCACUGGUGUUAAGGAUAAUAGGUGCUGGGCACAUAUCCAAAUGUGUAGGUGAAACAGACUUAAUGAGUGUUACCAGCUCAAUGGGAAGGUGUAGAAACACUACAUGUAUGGUGCAGACUUCAAUCUCAAUGUACCUUUAUUCGACACCCAAUAGCCGAUGUGUAUUUUUGUGCUGGGGUGUCAUUAAACAUUCAUUCAUUUAUUCAGUCUCAAUACUAACGAUAGCCAUAUACCUCUAGACAAAAUAUGUAAAAUGCCCGUUUUACUUUUAAAAUGCCUGUUUUGUUUAGAUGUUUAGAUGGAUAAACAGGGGCGGAUUAUGCUUUAGGUAAGGGGAGGGGGUUUCAGAAAUCAUAUGUAAAUGUUUAUAAUUUGAAAUUAUAAAUUUUAUGUGGACAUGAAUUUAGAUCUAUGUGAUGGGGUUGGGGUUUUUUUUAGCCGGGGGGGGGGGGGUCCGUGCAACUGGAAACCCCCCAUAAUCCACCCCUGAUAAGACCCUGUUUUAUGAGGUCUCACUGGAGAAGACGUAGUAAAUCCCUGCUUUAGUAGCACUGAUGUGUGUGUUUCAGUUAAUUUCAUUAUAUACUGAUAAUAUAUAUUCUUUUCUAUAUAUACAUGUACAAUUUGCUGAUAAAAAAAAAAGAGCAAAUUUGAAAACUACUGCUAAUAAUAUAUAUUGGUAUGUAAAUAUAUUUA